UCACAAUCAAUUUGUGUAUCAUUUUCAUUGUUGAUUCAGUUUAAAUCAAAAUUCCGUUUUGUAAUAAUUCGUGUAUCAAUGUUUUUGUUCCAAUUGAAGAAAAUGCAAUUCAUUUGAGAAAGCAUCUCACUAUCGAGGUGUAAAUGGUGGAUGUGUCUUAAAACAGCAUACAAAACGAUCAAUUGAAUACGAAACAUACUUUCUGCGUGAAUUUUUCUCUUCCACCAUGGCAAAUCAAUUGCAUACAACGAAUAAUUCAAUCGUAACAAAUACGACAGGAAUAUUGUAUUUAGAACGAAACGAGACGGGUGACGUUGUAUUCCACGUUGAAUCGGAAGAAAUUCGAGCUCAUCGAUGUGUAAUGGCCGCUAUCAGUCCAAAAUAUAAAAUUCAAUUCUACGGACCGAGACCAGAUGAAGGCGAUAUCCAUGUGGAUGACGUAUCAGCAUCUGCGUUCAAAGAGUUUUUACAAUUUUUCUAUUUGGAAGAAGUUUCGAUGACAGAGGAAAACAUUGCGGAUGUUUUAAAUUUGGCAAAACAGUCACUUGUCGAUGAAUUUGUCGAAAAAUCGAUCAAUUAUCUUAAUGAACUUAUAUUGAAUAUGGGAAAUGUAUGCAAGGUUUAUGGUCUGGCCAUCUUACAUGAUCUGAAAAAUUUAAAAGAGAAAUGCGAACAAUUAAUUCUGGAUAAUGCCAAGAAAUUGUUCGUAACAACUGGAUUUAUUGAAUGUGACUAUAGUGUGCUCACUUCCAUUUUGAAAAUGAAUGCAUUACGUUGCAAAGAGAUUGAUGUUUUUAAUGCAUGCAUUGAUUGGGCCCAUGCUGCAUGUAAACGCAUUAAUAUUGAUGCUGAAAAUACGAAAAACCUACGAACCAUAUUAAAAGAUGCUAUAUAUUUGAUUCGAUUUAGUUCCAUGACCUAUAAUGAGUUUGAUGCAAUUUCAAGAGAUUAUCACGGUUUUUUUACGCCAGACGAAUCAAUUGAAAUUUCGUAUAUUGUAAAUAAACAAAAUUUCAAAUCGCAGAAAUUCAAUCAAUUAUUACGCCAUCAAAAUGAAAUUGUUUUUAAAAAUAUUUGCUUAUCUAUCAAUUUGAAUGCAUUUAAACAACUGUCUCGAAUAAGUAAAUUUCAAUCGAAUUCGUCGUAUAUAAAUACGCAUGCAUCAAUCAAAUUUUGUUGCAAUAAAAAAAUUCUCUUGAAACAAUUUACAAUGGACUUGACAACCGAGUAUCCGGAGAAAUUGGAAAAAAAUGCCGUGGCAUUAAUUGAAAUCGACACUGAAUGGAAACCGAUCAAUGUAAACUGUUUUGAAUUACGAGAGCAAUUCGGUUACCGAUUCCUUGUGGAAUUUGAAGAAUUCAUUCAAAUCGAACCAAAGGCAAAUGUUCAUAUACAAAUGCCAUUACAUAGACUGGCAAAUAGUCGAACAAAUAUUUAUUUGUGGGAUCGAAUUGAAACAAAAGACAUUUGCUUCGAUUUUAAACCAUCAAUUUAUAAUUCAAAUCCAAAUGUUGGAUACAUUACCGAACUAUUUUAUUUUAUAGCAUAAUUCAAUUCAUAUUUAUAUCGUCGAGUGCUCUAUGUAUCACAAAUUUAUGCAGACAUUUUGUUUGAG